AUGGGGCCCCCUCGAAAGGGCGCCUCCCCCAACCCGGGGAGGCACACUCUGAACCCCCAGUCAAUCUACCCAGCGGCAUCCACCCUGUUUGGAAACAACACCCGCAUCCAUGACGAGCUGUCUCUGUCCCACGGACCUGAUUCUAAACGGCUGCCCCAAAGCGAAGAGAUGGAGAUCGAUGGCGGCGAUAACGAGGCCAUUGCACGGCCGAAUGCGUGGGUGCCUGGAAUGGCAACCCUGCAGCGGGUUAAUGCUAACCCGGGAGGUUCUGAGCUGGGCACGAGCAGCCUCCUGCGGGGGGGCACGCUUGGCAGGGGUUUGGGUAAUUUGGAAAGUGGGUUAGCGCACCGGUUACUACCCCCGCUGGAGAAACCGCAGAGCCCGGGCUGGGGUGGGGUUAGAGUUGACCAAGGUUUGGCUAACCUGGACAGUUUGAGGCGGAAAAGCGGGGGCAAGCUGGACAGCUUGCAGGGCCCUGGGAAAAAGCUCAAAGUGGCGGAUCCUCUCUACCAGGGAGGUGAAUCCAGGGGUAAACUGGGGGGGGAGCAGUCGGCAAAGCUGACUGGGAGGAGCGGCGCCACACCGCUUCCAGGGGUAAAGUCCAAAUCCACUAGCCAGCUGCCGCUUAAAGCGGAAACCAAAGCAGCGGUUAUUGAGGAGGAGCUCGCAAGCGUGGCGACUGGGGAUGACGUCAUUGCAUUCUACGCGCGGCACGGGCAGGACACGGAGGCGCGCUUCUUCUACUGCAAUCGCGCGCCGGAGACCGUGUUCGAUUUCCGGCCCUAUGACUUGGUCGUUGUUCCGAGAGAGGAAGUGGCCCCGGAGUAUUUUACCAUGUCAGCAACCGGGGUGGUGAAAAUUGGCCCCGGCGCGAACACCAAGACGGAGUUCACGUCGCUCGGGGACUGGGUCCGGGAGAAGACGGUCUUCGGCAUCCUCCGCAAGAUGAGCUUCUUCCGGUACUACCUCAUCUACAAGGCGUUCAACUUCUGGCGGCACGCGGUGCGCCGCAAGCUGUACAGCAAAGUGCGCGCCACGCUCCACUCCAAGCUCUUCCUCGCAAAGCCGACGUUCGUCGGCGCGCUCCUGGAGGUGCGCGCGCACAUGCACGAGCUGAGUCAGAUCGCGAUGGUCGCGCUCAGCCCCGGACAUUUGUACACUUUGGACGAGUUUUCGGACGCGCAACUCCAGCAGAGGGUCCAAAAGGCGACGCCCGCGCUCGAGGCGUGCGUCGAGAAAGUGCAGCAGUGCCUGGAGCGGGUGUGCAAGGACGUCACGAAACAGGUGCAGCUGUUCCAGGACAGCAUCAAGGACGAGGGCGAGCUGGAUGACUUGUCCGGCGUGAACUUGUAUCCGAGCCGGGGGUCCGAGAAGAUCCGAAGCAUGGUCAGCAUCAAGCAAGAAAAGAUUGAGCGCGCCAAGACGUACCGCCGCGUGAUCGAGGAAGCGAAGCAACUCGGCGACUUCAUCCGGCUCGCGGAUUACAUGCUCGUAGAAGGCCUCGUCGAUCGCACGAUCUCAACGACCGACGAGCUCCUCUCGAUGCUCGAGCUUCCGCGCACCGGGUCUGACAAAACCUCCAAGGGGGUUUUCCUGACCACGGUCUCGUUCUCGGAAACCAGCCUCGAGUUUACGCCGAGCGAAGGGGAGAUCCUGCAAGUGGUGGAUUCGACCGUGCUCGAGGGGGUCAUUUCGCUGGUGCAAGCAGCCCCCCGCUUGCUGUUUAUGAGGUCGUUUGGGCAGCACUUUGAGGAGAAGCUAACCGGGCUUAACCCGGUUGCAAUCAUCAAGGAGACGGACCGGUUUUUGGAGCUGCGGGCCAAGAUCGACGGCGUCAUCCGGCAGGACUUUGCAGAGGCGAACCAGUACGUCCAGAUCUUCGAGGAGCACCGUCAGAUCUACACGUGGGAGGCCACGUGGAGCCCCGACGCGUACGGCGCGGAGCGCCACUCCGCGAAGCAGUUCCGCGAGGACCUCGCGCGCCAGCGCGAGUGGCGCGCCGAACUAGAGCGGAUGAAAGUCGGCAACAGCAUCGGCGUGCUCCAUAUCGACUCGAAGUCGCUGCGCAACAGCCUGCUACCCGUUACCGCGCGCACCCUGGACGCUGUAAAGGUCGUGCUGCUCGCGGCCGCGCGCGAGGAGACCGUUACCGUUCUGAUGAGCUUCCAGCAGCGGAUCCGCGCGCUGCAGGACCGGCCGGAUCAGCUAGACAACUUCGUCGACUUUAUGAAGCAGCUCGAGGAGAUGGGCGACGCGAGGAAGGCGGCUCUGGCCGAGGCCGCCGUCGUGGACGACCUGUACACCCUCUUGAGCGCCUACGAGAUGAAGGUCCCCACCGGCGACUCCGUCAAGCUCGACGACCUGCACGAGGCCGUCACGGCCUACCAGGACGGCCUUUCCGCCGCGGAAUCCUUCAUCGAGGAGCGGAAGAACGGAAUGAUGGCCGACCUCGAGCAGCAAAUCGGUUUCCUCAGCGACGAGGCCCUAACCUUGCUCGGAACCCUGCACGGCGCGCGGUUUGUGGACCCUGAGGGAGACGCGACCGAGAUUGUGACCGAGCUGGAGGCGAGCCGCGCCGCGCUCGCGGCCGCGCGCGCGAAGGCGGAGACGUUCCAGGGGUACCAGAAGCUGUUCCUGAUGACGGUGGACGACUUCGGGAAUCUGAAGGAGACGGAGAAGGAGUGUAACGGGAGGUAUGCUGUUUGGAAGUCGCUGUACGACUGGGAGUGCAAGACGCAGCAGUGGCGGGGUGGCCCAAUCCAGGCCCUCCACGUGGCGGAGAUCUCGGCAGCCGUGGAGGAGAACAAUAAGGAGGCGUUCAAGAUGGGAAAAGCAAACAAGGAGGACCGGGUGGUCUACCGCCUCAAAGACAGCAUCGACGAAUUCAAAAAGAUCAUGCCGCUGAUCGAGGAGCUUGCGAACGAGGCCCUUAAACCCCGCCAUUGGGAGGCAAUUUUCACCGCGAUCGGCGCGCGCAUAUCGCCCGACGCGCCCUUCUCCAUCGACGACCUGCUCGCGCACGACAUCCUCUCCAAGAUGGAUGACGUAAGCCGCGUCAGCACCAACGCCAGCAAGGAGCACUCGCUGGAGAAGAGCCUAACCAAGAUGGUUACGGAUUGGGACGGGUUAGAGUUCCGGACGGUCGCGUAUAAGGACACGGGGACGUUUAUAGUCGGGGGUGUGGAUGAAAUCCAGGCGAUUUUGGACGAUCAAAUCGUGAAGAUCCAGAGUAUGCGCGCGAGCCCGUUCAUCCGGCCGUUCGAGGCGCGCGCAAGCGAGUGGCAGGACACGCUGAGCACGCUGCAGGACCUGCUGGACAACUGGCUGACGUGUCAGGGCACGUGGCAGUACUUGGAGCCCAUCUUCGGGAGCGAAGACAUCAUGAAGCAGAUGCCCGAGGAGGGCGAGAAGUUUAAGACCGUCGAUCAGAUGUGGCGCGACAUGAUGAAGCGCACUGUCGCCGCGCCGGGCUGCCUCGGGAUCGCUCGGGACAAGGAGCGCCUCGCGCGACUGGAGGAGGCGAAUAAGCUGCUGGAUGCUAUUCAGAAGGGGCUGGCGUCGUAUCUGGAGGUCAAGCGGGUCGCCUUCCCGCGUUUCUUCUUCCUCUCCAACGACGAAAUGCUCGAGAUCCUGUCCGAAACAAAGGACCCAUUACGAGUUCAGCCGCAUCUCAAGAAGUGCUUCGAGGGCAUCUCCACGUUGGAGUUCCAGGACAACCUGGAGAUCAGCGGAAUGUGCAGCGCGGAAUCGGAAGUGGUCGCGCUGGCGGAAACGAUCAACCCGGUCGCGGCCAACGGCGCGGUCGAAAAGUGGCUGCUGCAGGUCGAGAACCAGAUGGUCGACUCCGUGCGCGACCACUGCCGCCGGAGCGUGCUCGCGUACGCGGAAACCGCGCGCGAGCGCUGGGUUCUGGAGUGGCCGGGCCAAGUGGUUUUGGUGGUUAGCGCUAUCUACUGGACCAAGCACUGCACCGACGCGAUCGCGGCCGGCCCCGCGGCGGUGGGAGAGUAUGAGAAGACGUGCACGCAGCAACUGAGCCAGAUCGUGUCUCUGGUGCGCGGCAACCUGACCAAGCUGAACCGCGCGACCCUGAGCGCGCUCGUAGUCAUGGAUGUGCACGCGCGCGACACCGUCGCAAUGAUGGCGCGCGAGGGAGUGGACUCCGAAUCGAAUUUCACGUGGCAGUCUCAGCUGCGCUACUACUGGGAGGACGACACGUGUCAAGUGCGCAUGAUGAACGCGUCAGUGGAAUAUGGGUACGAGUAUUUGGGGAACAGUUCGAGGCUGGUGAUUACGCCACUGACGGACAGGUGUUACCGGACGCUGAUGGGCGCGAUUCAUCUGAACCUGGGCGGAGCGCCGGAAGGGCCGGCCGGAACCGGAAAGACGGAGACCACCAAGGAUCUGGCUAAGGCCCUGGCCCGGCAGUGCGUCGUGUUCAACUGCAGCGACUCCCUGGACUACCUCGCGAUGGCCAAGUUCUUCAAGGGGCUCGCAGCCUCCGGCGCGUGGGCGUGCUUCGACGAGUUCAACCGUAUCGACCUGGAAGUGCUAUCCGUUGUCGCGCAACAAGUGCUGGAGAUCCAACUGGCCGUGCAAAACAAAGUUAAGACCUUCGUUUUCGAGGGCAGCGAGCUAACCCUCAAGCCGACCUGCAACGUGUUCAUCACCAUGAACCCUGGUUACGCCGGACGGUCCGAGCUUCCGGACAACCUGAAAGCGCUCUUCCGUACGGUCGCAAUGAUGGUUCCGGACUACGCAAUGAUCUCGGAAAUCAUGCUGUUCUCCAACGGGUAUCUGAAAGCGCGCGACUGCGCGCGCAAGAUCGUGGCGACGUAUAGGCUGUGUAGCGAGCAGCUGAGCAGCCAGGAUCAUUACGACUACGGAAUGCGCGCGGUGAUGGCGGUUCUACGCGCGGCGUCCAACCUGAAGCGGCGCUUCCCGGACGAGGACGAGUUCGUGCUCAUGCUGCGCUCCAUCAUCGACGUCAACCUGUGCAAGUUCCUGAGCCACGACGUGCCGCUCUUUAACGGCAUAGUUAGCGACCUGUUCCCGGGGGUGGUUUUGCCCAAACCCGAUUACACCGCGCUAGACUUCGCGAUGCGCGAGAACUGCGCGCGGCUGGGGCUGCAGCCCAAGGAGUACUUCUUGACGAAGGUGGUGCAGCUGUACGAGAUGAUCAUCGUCCGGCACGGACUCAUGCUGGUGGGCCAGCCGUUCUCCGGCAAAACCUCCGCGAUCCGCGUGCUCGCCGGCGCGCUAAGCGACAUGGCGGCCGCGGGGCAGGCCGAAACCAAGGUCCAGGUGGCGACCAUAAACCCCAAAGCGGUCACGAUGGGACAGCUGUACGGUCAGACGGAUCCCGUGACGCAGGAAUGGACGGACGGCAUUCUGGCCGUCAAGUUCCGGCAGCAGUCGGCGGAACAGUCGACGGACCGGAAGUGGCUGGUGCUGGACGGGCCGGUGGACGCCAUCUGGAUUGAGAACAUGAACACGGUGCUGGACGACUACAAGAUUCUGUGCCUGCCCAACAGCGAAUUCAUCCAGAUUGCGCCUCAACACUACAGUGUCAAAACUCUGAGAUUCAAACCCCUAGUCAAACCCUCUUCUGAAGGUGAAAUCAAAACUCUGAUCCAAUCUCAACUUCCUCCUCUGCAGGUGCUGGACGACAACAAGAAGCUGUGCCUGCCCAACAGCGAGAUCAUCCAGAUGUCGUCAUCCAUGAACAUGAUCUUCGAAGUGGGCGAUCUCGCGGUCGCGUCGCCCGCGACCGUGUCGCGCUGCGGCAUGGUUUACCUGGAACCGCACCAAUUGGGCUGGCAGCCGCUAGUGGCGUCGUGGCUCCCAAACCUCCCUAACCCUCUGCUUAACCCGGAAACGCGCGCACACCUCCAGGGGCUGUUCGACUGGCUGGUACCGCCGUGUCUAAGAUUCCUGCGCAAGUCGGUGCGCGAGAUAAGCCCGACGAGCGACGCGAACGUGGUGCGCGCGCUCAUGCGCACUUUCGACGCGCUCGUGCGCGAGCUGCGCGACGAGGGCGCGGCCAAAACCCUAAACCCCGAGAAGCUCGCGCAGUGGGUCGACGGGCUGUUUUUAUUCUCGCUGACGUGGUCAGUUGCGUGUACUGGGAAUAACGAGGGGCGGGUCGGAUUUGAUAGGUUCAUUCGCGAACUGGUCGGGGGAGGCGUUCCGGUCGGGUACGAGAGCUACGUUCCGGCGGUGCACGUUCCGUUCCAGUGUCCGGUGAUACCGGCGGAACGGGGGGAGCUCAUCUUUGAUUACAUGUUUGAAAAGGAAACGUGCAAGUGGAAACUUUGGACGGCCACGAUUCUGAAGGAAGAGAUUCCGGACAACGCGCAAUUUAGCGAGAUCAUCAUCCCGACCGCUGACAGCGCCCGCUAUACGUUCCUGCUCGAUACUGCGAUCCAAGCCGGGUACCCGAUCAUUUUAGUGGGCCCUACGGGGACGGGCAAAAGCGUAUACGUCAACCGCCACCUUAUGAGCGGCCUGGCCAAAGACAAGUAUACGACGAUGAACGUAUGCUUCAGCGCGCGCACAACGGCGAACAUGGUGCAAGCGCAGAUUGAUGGGCGACUUGACAAGCGGAAGAAAGGGGUGUUUGGGCCGCCGUUUGGGAAGCGGUGCGCGAUCUUUGUGGACGAUCUGAACAUGCCGCAGCUGGAGGUCUACGGCGCGCAGCCGCCGAUUGAGCUGCUGCGGCAGUUCAUGGAUCACGACGGAUGGUACGGCCGCGAUAAUGUGUUCCGCGACAUGGUGGAUGUCCAGUUCGUUGCGGCCAUGGGGCCCGCGGGCGGCGGCCGCAAUCCCGUCACCGUGCGCUACCUGCGACACUUCAACACCGUCGGAAUGGCGCAGGUGGCCGACUCGUCGCUGAGCGCCAUCUUCUCGUCCAUUCUGACGUGGCACCUCACGCGCGCGCCCUUCCCAACGGACGUCCGCAAGCUGUGCCCGUCCGUAAUCGCGGCGACCAUGGACGUGUACAACGCAGCCAUGGCGUCGCUGCUCCCCACGCCCACCAAGAGCCACUACACUUUCAACCUGCGCGACUUUGCGCGCGUUAUCCAGGGUAUCAUGCUCCAGCCGGCCGCGUCGCUCCCCGCGGCCGGCCCGCCGGCCGCCAAGUCGCACGUGCGGCUGUGGGCGCACGAGGUUUUGCGCGUCUUCUACGACCGCCUGGUAGAUGACGUGGACCGCACGUGGCUGCUGACGCACAUGAAGGAGAUGGUCAAGAAUCACUUUGGGUUCGGGUUUGAGGACCUCUUUGGGCACCUCAGGCAAGGGGAGGGCGGGGAGAUUGGCGCGCAAGAGAUGCGGAGGUGCUUCUUCGGCGACUACGCCGACUCGACCGCCGAGCCCGAAGCCCGGCAGUACCAGGAAGUGUCCGACGUCCCCAAACUGCUGACCACCAUGGAAGAGUAUCUCAUGGAUUUCAACGGUACCAGCAAGCGGCCGAUGAACCUCGCGAUCUUCCUGUUUGCGGUGGAGCACAUUUCGCGCAUAUGCCGGCUCCUGAAGCAGCCGGGGGGGCAUAUGCUGCUGGUGGGAGUGGGGGGGUCGGGGCGGCAGAGCCUGACGCGGCUCGCGGCGCACAUCGCGGGCAUGGAGGUGCACCAGGUAGAGAUUAGCAAGAGCUACACGCGCGUGGAGUGGCGCGAGGACCUGAAGAAGAUGCUGCGGCGCGCGGGCGCGGAGGGCCACCCCGGGGUGUUCCUCUUCAGCGACACGCAGAUCAAGGACGAGGCGUUCGUGGAGGACAUCAAUAACAUCCUCAACUCGGGAGAGGUGCCCAACAUGUUCCCCAACGACGAGAAGGCCCAGGUGCUCGAGGCGGUGCGCCCGAUCGCGGCCGCGCUCGGCAAAACCCUGGAAACCCCGACCGAGCUGUGGGCGUUCUUCACCGCCCAGUGCCAGCAGAAGCUGCACAUCAUGCUGUGCAUGAGCCCGGUCGGAGACGCCUUCCGCGACCGGUUGAGGCAGUACCCGAGCCUCGUCAACUGCUGCACCAUCGACUGGUUCCAGGCCUGGCCCGAAGACGCGCUCGAGGCCGUCGCGCACAAGUUUUUGGGCGAGACGUCGGGGCUGGACCAGAAGAUGCGUCCGGCGAUCGUCCGCAUCUGCAAGGCCUUCCACGAGAGCGUCCGGAUCUACAGCGAGAAGUUUAAGCAGGACCUGGGCCGGCACAACUAUCUGACGCCCACCAGUUACCUGGAGCUGCUGGCGACCUUCCAGAGCCUGCUGCAGGCGAAGCAAGCGGAGAAGCUGAAGCUCAAGGGGCGGUACGAGGUGGGCCUGGAGAAGCUAAGCAGCAGCGCGGUCCAGGUGGCGCAGAUGCAGGGCGAGCUCACGGACCUCAAGCCCAAGCUCAUCCAAACGGUCGCGGGGCAAGUGUCCCAGCGCGACGAGGAAGACGCGAGCGAGCAGGCCGGGCAUUUUGAUAACCCGAAUAUGCGCGCAUCAGUCGCGGAAGUCGAGGAGCUGAUGGCGCGCGUCGAGAAAGAAAAGCGCGAAGUGGUCGAGCCCACAAAAGCGAUCGUGCAGCGCGACGAGGAAGACGCGAGCGCGCAGGCCGCGGACGCGAAGGCGAUCAAGGACGAGUGCGAGGGCGCGCUCGCGCUCGCGAUGCCGAUCCUGGAGGAAGCGCUCGCCGCUCUAGAUACGCUCAGCCCGAACGAUAUUAAUUACGUGAAGAAGCUGAGCAACCCCCCCGGAGCGGUGAAGCUGGUGAUGGAGGCGGUGUGCGUCAUCCUGGAUGUGAAACCGGCGAAGAUCCCCGACGGCAAGGGCGGCUCCGUGCUCGACUACUGGAAGCCCAGCGUCGCGCUUCUGAACGACAAGGACUUUUUGGGCAACCUCAAGACGUACGACAAGGACAACAUCAACCCCAAAAUCAUCGCGCGCAUCCGAAAAGAGUACACGAGCAAUCCGGAAUUCACGCCGGAGCGCGCGGCGAACGCGAGCGCGGCCGCGGAGGGGCUGUGCAAGUGGGUGACGGCCAUGGACAAGUACGACGCCGUCGCAAAGGUGGUAGCGCCCAAGAAGGCCGCGCUCCAGAUCGCGGAGGACAAGUACGAGACGGUCAUGGUGGGGCUCCGCGCGAAGCAGGCGGAACUGAAGGCGAUCCUGGACAAGCUGGCCGGAAUGGAAGCGGAACUGGAGGUCAACAUGCGCAAAAAGGAGCAGCUGCAGCACGAGGUGGAGCAGUGCACGGUGAAACUAGAGCGGGCGGAGCAGCUGAUCGGCGGGCUGGGCGGCGAGAAGACGCGCUGGACCGCGGCCGCGGAGGAGCUGGGCGCGGAGUACGACAACCUGACCGGGGACAUGCUCGUCGCGGCAGGGGUGGUGUCGUACCUGGGGGCGUUCACGGCCGGGUAUCGGCAGGAGAUAGUUGAGAAGUGGGUGGCGCUCUGCGCCUCGGAGCAGAUUCCCAGGUCUCCCACCUUCUCCCUUACGUCGGUUCUUGGUGACGCCGUCAAGACGCGGGAGUGGCUCAUCGCUGGAUUGCCGAACGAUUCCUUUUCGAUCGAGAACGGGAUCGUUGUUGCGAACGCGCGCAAGUGGCCACUCAUGAUCGAUCCGCAGGGGCAGGCCAAUAAGUGGGUCAAGAACAUGGAGAAAAACAAUAACUUGCAGGUCAUCAAGCUGACCGAGGGCGGGGAGUACAUGCGCACGCUGGAGAAUGCCAUCCAGUUCGGUCUGCCGGUGCUGCUGGAAAACGUGGGAGAGGAACUGGACCCUUCGCUGGAGCCGCUUCUUCUGAAGCAGGUUUUCAAGGUGGGCGGCGUUCCGUGCAUCCGGCUGGGCGACUCGACGAUCGAGUACUCCUCCGACUUCCGCUUCUACAUCACCACCAAGCUGCGGAACCCGCACUACCUGCCGGAAACCGCCGUCAAAGUGACGCUACUUAACUUUAUGAUCACGAAAGAGGGGCUGAGCGAUCAACUCUUAGGCGUGGUAGUCGCGAAAGAACGGCCGGAUUUGGAAGCCCAGAAGAACGAGUUGGUGGUUCAAGGGGCGGAAAACAAGCGGAAGUUGAAAGAGUUGGAGGAUCAGAUUCUGGAAGUGUUGUCCAGUUCGGAGGGCAAUAUUCUGGAGGACGAGACGGCGAUCCGGGUAAUUAGUGAGGCGAAGGCUGUGGGGAACGACAUUGCGGAGAAGCAGGUGCUCGCAGAGCAGACGGAGAAGAACAUCGACAGCGCGCGGCGCGCGUACAAACCCUGCGGCGACUACGGCGCGACGCUCUUCUUCUGCAUCACCGAUCUCGCCAACAUCGAGCCCAUGUACCAGUACAGCCUCCCCUGGUUCGUCAACCUAUUCGUCGGCUCGAUCGCCGCGAGCGCGCGCGCGGACGACGUCAGCGCGCGCCUGGAAUCCAUCCACGCGCACUUCACGUACGCGCUCUACUGCAACGUCUGCCGGAGUUUGUUCGAGAAGGAUAAGCUAUUGUUCGCGUUCCUGCUGACGUCGCGCAUCAUGGGCGCGCGCGGCGAGGUCGACGGCGCGGAGCUCAUGUUCCUGAUGACGGGCACGUGCGGCGUCGCGGCCGCGGCCGCGGGCACGCCGGCGGCCGGCGAGAACCCCGCGCCCGCGUGGCUGCAGGAGAAGGCCUGGGGCGAGCUGUGCACGCUCGCGCGCCUGCCGGCGUUCGCGGACGUGCCGGCGUCCGUGAAGGAGUCGCCGGACGGCUGGCGCGCCAUCUACGACUCCCCCGAGCCGCACACGGUGACUCCCCCCGGUUCCCUCUCCGGGCUUCCCCUCUUCCACCGGUUACUCCUAACCCGCUGCCUCCGCCCGGACAAAGUCGUUCCAGCCGUCCAAGACUUCGUCGCGUCGAUCAUGGGCCGUCGAUUCGUCGAGCCGCCGCUCUUCGAUCUCGCCGCGUGUUACGCCGACAGCUCCGCCACGUGUCCGCUCAUCUUCGUCCUGAGCGCGGGGAGCGACCCGACGGCCGCGCUGCUGAAGUUCGCGGCCGAUAAAGAGAUGGCCGACAAAAUCUACCCGAUCUCGUUGGGCCAGGGCCAGGGCCCGAAGGCGGCCGCGAUGAUCGCCGACGCGGCCGCGGCCGGCGCGUGGGUGCUGCUCCAGAACUGCCACCUGGCGCCUUCCUGGAUGCCCGCGCUCGAAAAGAUCUGCGAGGAUAUUUCCACCAAGGGCGAGGUUAACCCGGCGUUCCGGUUAUGGAUGACCAGCUACCCUAGCCCGAAGUUCCCGGUUAGCAUCCUGCAGAACGGGGUUAAGAUGACUAACGAGCCGCCGAAGGGGCUCAAGGCGAACAUCCGCCGGUCGUACGGGCUGGACCCGAUCGCGAACGAGGACUUCUUUGGCGGGUCGAAGCGCCCCGGGCCGUUCCACCGGUUGCUCUUCGGGCUGUCGUUCUUCCAUGGCGUUAUCCAGGAACGCCGCCGCUUCGGCCCGCUCGGCUGGAACAUACCCUAUGGCUUCGACGACGGCGACUUACGCAUAAGCGUGCGGCAGCUGCGCAUGCUCUUAGAAGAAGCGCCUUCUGACGACUCCCUCCCACUCGAGGCGCUGAACUACGUAACGGGGGAGUGCAACUACGGGGGCCGCGUUACAGAUGACAAGGACCGGGUUCUGCUAACCACCAUCCUGCGCAACGUGUACUGUCCGGAUAUGCUGCGGCCGGGGUAUAAGCUAUCGGAGUCGGGGCUGUACUUCGCACCAGAGGCGGAUACGCUAUCGGGCGUGCUGGAGUACGUGGAGACGCUGCCGAUCGUGCCGCAGCCGGAGGCGUUUGGGCUGCACCCGAACGCCGACAUUGCAAAGGAUAUGAACGACACAUCGCUUAUGCUCGGCAGCCUGCUGGUUAUCGAUUCAGGGGGCGGCGGCGGCGGGAAAAAGGGGGGGGGUGCGGAAGUGGACGCAGUAGGCGCUGUGGUGCGCGACAUUCUCGCGCGGCUGCCGCCCAAUUUCGACAUCGAAGCGUGCCAGCAAAAGUACCCGGUGCUAUACGAGGAGAGCAUGAAUACGACGCUGGCCCAGGAGAUGACGCGGUUCAAUAAGCUAUCGGAGAAGAUCCGGACGAGCCUAACGGAGAUGCUAAAGGCUAUCCAGGGCCUUGUGGUUAUGAGCUCGGAUCUAGAGACCGCGUAUCGGAGCAUCGCGGUGAACCAGGUCCCUGCGAUGUGGGCACGUGUCAGCUAUCCGAGCCUCAAGCCGCUGAACGGGUACGUGAAGGACCUGUUAGAGCGGCUAACCAUGCUCCAAACCUGGUUCGAGACGGGCAAACCCGCGGUUUACUGGAUCAGCGGGUUCUUCUUCGCGCAGUCGUUCAUGACGGCCGCGCUGCAGAACUACGCGCGCGUGCAAAAGGUAGCGGUCGACGAAGUCGGUUUCGAUUUCGAGUUCCUAGGUAUGGACCCGGGGGAAUACACCGAGGGCCCCGCCGAGGGCGUUUACAUCCGGGGCUUGUACCUGGAGGGCUGCGCCUGGGACCCGGUGAAGAAGCAACUGUGUGAAUCGGCGCCGAAGGUGCUGCACACUUUCGCCCCGGUUAUCUGGCUGAAACCCACCCCGGUUAGCAAGAUGAGCCAGUACCCGCACUACGACUGCCCGAUCUACCGGACGGCGGAGCGCCGGGGGGUGCUCGCGACAACCGGGCACUCGACCAACUUCGUGAUGAAGAUCCGCAUGCCGACGGACAAGAAGGCGAGCCACUGGACCAUGAGAGGGGUCGCAAUGCUGUGCGCGCUCUCGGAUUAG